GCCAACAUGGAGCCGUCUGUGGGGUGAGGUUGAGAUUGUUGCUGCCGGCUGCUCCUGUCUUCCCGCCCCAGCAUGUUGGUGCAUUUAUUUCGGGUCGGGAUUCGGGGAGGCCCGGUCCCUGGAAGGUCGCUGCUACCCCUGCGCUUCCAGACAUCCUCCGCCGUCAGAUCCCCACAUGGCUACUUUGGCUCAUGCCUCCUCCGGGCCGUGGCCCAGCUGCGAUCCCAGUUCAGGGCCCACCUCCCUCGAGCCCCACCAGCUCACAGUGGGAGCUCCUCUGCCAGGUGGUGGGUUGGAGGAGCCUUGCUGGGCCCUGCAGUCCUGUGUCAGCACUCUCACCUGUGCCUUGUGGCCCGGUGUGAAUCAGAAACCCCUGCUGCCCGCCCCGAGCCCAGUGUCACCGCCGAGCUACGCUUUGACUGGAAGCUCUUCUGGCAUUUCCUGCGCCCCCACCUGCUGGUCCUGGGGGCAGCCAUUGUGCUGGCCUUGGGUGCAGCCCUGGUGAACGUGCAGAUCCCCCUGCUCCUGGGCCAGCUGGUGGAGAUUGUGGCCAAGUACACGAGGGACCACGUCGGGAGUUUUAUGUCGGAGUCUCGGGGUCUCAGCACCCGCCUGCUCAUCCUCUAUGGCAUCCAGGGACUGCUGACCUUCGGGUACUUGGUGCUGCUGUCCAACAUAGGCGAGCGCAUGGCUGUGGAUAUGCGGAAAGCCCUCUUCAGCUCCCUGCUCCGGCAAGAUAUUGCCUUCUUUGAUGCAAAAAAGACUGGGCAGCUGGUGAGCCGACUGACAACUGAUGUGCAGGAGUUUAAGUCGUCCUUCAAGCUGGUCAUCUCCCAGGGCCUGCGCAGCUGCACACAGGUGGCUGGCUGCUUGGUGUCCCUGUCCAUACUGUCCCCACGCCUCACCCUGCUGCUGGCCAUCACCACACCUGCCCUGAUGGGAGUGGGCACCCUGAUCGGCUCGGGUCUCCGAAAGCUAUCUCGCCAGUGUCAGGAGCAGAUUGCCAAGGCAACGGGUGUAGCAGAUGAGGCCCUAGGCAACGUGCGGACUGUGCGGGCUUUUGCCAUGGAGCCAUGGGAAGAGGAGCGCUACGGAGCAGAGCUGGAGUCUUGUCGCUGUAAGGCAGAGGAGUUGGGCAGGGGCAUCGCUAUAUUUCAGGGACUCUCCAACAUCGCCUUCAACUGCAUGGUCCUGGGCACCCUCUACAUUGGUGGAUCCCUUGUGGCUGGACAGCAGCUGAAAGGGGGAGACCUCAUGUCCUUCCUGGUGGCUUCCCAGACAGUACAGAGGUCUAUGGCCAGCCUCUCUGUCUUGUUUGGUCAGGUGGUGAGGGGGCUAAGUGCGGGUGCCCGUGUCUUUGAGUAUAUGGCCUUGAGCCCCUGCAUCCCAUUGACAGGGGGCUGGUGUAUUCCCAGUGAGCACCUGCGUGGCUCUGUUUCCUUCAAGAAUGUCCAUUUCAGCUACCCUUGCCGCCCUGGCUUUGAGGUGCUCAAGGACUUCACCCUGACACUACCACCCGGGAAGAUGGUGGCCCUUGUGGGCCAGUCUGGGGGAGGAAAGACCACAGUGGCUUCCCUGCUGGAACGCUUCUAUGACCCCACGGCUGGCGUAGUGACCCUGGACGGGCACGACCUGCGCACCCUCAACCCCUCCUGGCUCCGGAGCCAGGUGGUAGGCUUUAUCAGCCAGGAGCCAGUCCUGUUUGGAACGACCAUCAUGGAGAACAUCCGCUUUGGGAAGCUGGACGCUUCUGAUGAGGAGGUCUAUGUGGCUGCACGGGAGGCCGGGGCCCAUGAGUUCAUCGACAGCUUCCCCGAGGGCUACAGCACAGUGGUCGGUGAGAGGGGCGUGACCCUGUCAGGUGGUCAGAAGCAGCGCCUGGCCAUCGCACGGGCUCUCAUCAAGCAGCCCACAGUGCUGAUCCUGGACGAGGCCACCAGUGCGCUGGACGCAGAGUCUGAGCAUGUGGUGCAGGAAGCACUCGAUCGGGCCAGUGCUGGCCGCACCGUGCUGGUCAUAGCCCACCGGCUCAGCACUGUUCGAGCAGCCCAUCGCAUCAUCGUUAUGGCCAAUGGCCAAGUCUACGAGGUGGGGACCCAUGAGGAACUCCUGAAGAAAGGUGGGCUGUAUGCAGAGCUAAUCCGGAGGCAAGCUCUAGAUGACCCACUAACCUCGGCCCUUCCUGCAGAAAAGCCAGGAGACCUCAGGAGCCCCAAGCGCAGGGCCUGAGAAUGGCCCUUUGCAGCCGGAUCCUGGCAGACAUCGCCAGGAAAGCUCACUGUGGACAGAGCCCCUGGAGGGCCAGCGUGCCGGGGUGCACCCUUGCUGCUCCCCUAUGCCAGUAAAACUGGACCCAGUGGCUGAGCUAGGGAGGUGGGCUUUCUCAUCUGCCCAUCUCCAUGCCUUCUGGCAGAGUGCCAACAUCACUGGGAUGCACCUGGGUGAAGCAGAGCCCCGAGAUUUCUCUACUGGAUCCUCUCCUCUUGAGCCAUUUCUGCCCCAACAGUCUAAAGUUAUCCAGGCCCUCCCCCCAAGGAACUUUAAAACCUCAGGGUCGGGCCAGUCCUGGUGGCAGCACAGACCUAUAAUACCAGCAUUUGGGAGGCAGAGUCAAAAGGAUGAGUUCAAGGCUGGCCUGGGCUAUGUAGCAAGGCCCUGUCUCUAAAUAAAUAAAAAUAUAAGAAAUGUG